AUGACGUACGGAGCCGGCUGCGACAUCAGCCUCCCGGAGUUCAGUUCUAGUCGUCUUCUGGAGAAAUUCAUCCAGGAAAAGUUUCCAAAGCUCUCGGCACCUCCAGAGGGCGCGCUCAGCCUGAUCUUCAUCAACUGCCCUGGGUCUCGCGUCUUCACCGACCCGCGCUCUGGGUCCAGGAAGUGUCUCGACCAAGUCAAACUAACCUUGGACUUUGCCGCAGAUUUGACCAAGACCACCCACGAAAAGGCCGAGGAUAUUGUCGUGCUGAGUCCAUCCGCCGCCCAUUGUGAAGCCAUCGGACAUAUGCGCAAGAAGCGGCCCGAGUAUACCGCCUCACUCAUCAAUGUGCCCGAAUCCUCUACCAUUGACGGCUACCAGGGGCGUGAAAACGAUAUUGUGAUUGUCGCCAUGGGCACCAGCGAGUUCGCUGGACCUCUGUUCACGUCCAACGGAAACCGCUUAAAAGUCAUGUUCACACGUCAGCGUUGCGGUCUGGUGAUUGUCGGCGAGCUGAAGGCCGUAGGUUUAUCGAAGAAGGGAGGUCUGGACGCAGUGGUCAAGACUCAUGACGCUGAGGGAAACAUGAUUUACACCAGGGCUGGCGCCCUGCGUCGUGUUUAUAAGGCUUUGAAGGAUGAAGGUCGCAUUGUGGAUGUGACGAUUGAGCGUAAAAGGCAGAAAAGGUUGGCUACAUACUCGGGUAACACAAAGAUGUGGAUGUGA